GUGUUUGGUAUUCCGUUUUUGUCCUCCUUAGCCCUAUACGGUUCCUUCACUCAAUCUCUCCAUCGUCUCCAUUCGGUUCAUCCCCCUCGACACUCCGGGCGCGCCAGAGCCUCGCCUUCGGUUGUCGUUAUGCCGUUCGGUAGUAGACCUCACUUGCUCAAGCUCUGACAAUAACCGCGGACGAGCUCAACCAUUAACGUCAAUAUUCAAUUUUAAGAAAUGCAAUCGUUUCGGGGGAGUAUCCGACUGCUCAGAAGGCACCGCGUCAACACCUCACAGAUUGGUCAGUUCAACUGUACAAGGGACUUUCUUUCGUACAGUGAUUCUGGAUUGAGCACUUCGAAAGCUAGCUUGUCUGUAUCUGAUGGAAUAUCUGCUGCAAACUGUGUUGGGUUUAUUCCCAACUUUGCCAUUCGCUCUCUAUCGGCAGUGGCAAGGGAAAGUUUUAGGCCAGGAUGGUUCCAAUGGACUGCAGUGGUGCCUAAUUUAUCGAGCAGACACCUCUCAACAAUGGGAAAUCCUGUUGAAUCUGUUUUGCAAGAUUCUUCUGCCUCCAUCUCUGACGUAGCUCCUCGCAUCAAAUUUAAGAGGCUCAGUAAAACGGCCAAGCAUAUAAUGCAGAUUUUAGAUAAAGAAGCUGUUGAGGAAGUGAGGGUGCAGAGGGAGAUCCCUGAUAUAAAGCCUGGUUACAUAAUCCAGCUCAAAGUGGAAGUCCCCGAGAACAAGAGGCGUGUUUCAAUUUUAAAAGGCAUUGUUAUUGCAAGGCGUAAUGCUGGUUUAAACACAACAUUUAGAGUAAGGAGGCUAGUGGCAGGAGUUGGUGUUGAGUCACUCUACCCACUGUACUCACCAAACAUAAAGGAGAUCAAGGUCCUGGAUAAGAAGAGAGUGAGGCGGGCCAAGCUUUACUAUCUCAGGGACAAAAUGAAUGCACUCAAGAAACAUUGACAGCCAUUAGAUCUGGUUGGGGGGGGGGGGGGGGGGGGUGUUGUUGAAGGAUUGCGGUGUCGGUGAAGUGGUGGAAUUGGAUUGCUCUGGUGAGAGAACACUCGCAAACGAUCUUGUACUGUUCUUUCUUUCUUGGAUAUUUUUUUUUUCCUGUGGAACUUUGAUUUAUCAAUUGUUUUUUUGAAUAGCUGGGUGAGUGGCAGGGGCAGAGUUUAUAGUGGGAAGCAUGAUAAGCCACCAGCAAUACUCAGUUUAUCAUAGGGAUCAUGUUAUCCAAAAUGUGCCCAUUGGUUUAUCAUUAUCAUGUAGAAAUUGUUGCGUGGCUGUGGACCAAUCAUUUUGAAUGACACAUGAAUUUUGCUUCAAGAA